GACAGCAUUUCCAUCCCCUCCAACUCUUUUGUUUCUCUGUCUCCGUCUGUUUAUGCGAUAAUAAAAACUUUGUGCAUUGGAGCUUUCUGAUGGCCAUCAAAAUUUCCUUUAUACAAUGGAUCUAACUCGGACCAAGAACUCCCCGGCACCGCCUCGUCGCCGGACGCCGAGGUUUCUGCGCAGUCCCGGCGCUCGCCGUUCUAACUUCGGGGUUCCGAUGACUCCUCUGUUGCGGUGGAAGUUGGAGGAUCGGCAUGGAUCUCGAAGCCGCAGCCGAGUUCAAUUUCAGGCGAGAAAGCUCGCCGCCGGCCUUUGGCAUCUCCAUUAUAAGGAAAUUUCAAGCGGCAACGAUGGCGGCCGAAGAGUGUCUCAGGGAGAAAUAAGGCAUCGGCGUCGUGAUCAGAGCAGAGACGACGGAGGAGUGGAAGCAAAGCAGAGGUUAGAGAGGCGUGGUUGUUUGGAUUCCUCGAAGAAAGCAAUCAAGAUUAAGGCAGCAGCACCAGAAUAUUGGAACCCUGAAGCCCCAGAGGCAGCUGAGACGGCGGAGUUGGGUAGAUUUCACAGCCACCGUGGCGGAGGAGAGCAGCCGUUCACAAAGGCCUCGGCCGCUUCUGAUGUUAAACAAGAGCUGGCGGUGGCCCAAACACGCAUCUGCAAGCUUGAAUCCCAGCAGCGAAAAUGGAAGAAGAAAAUCGAGUAUUUAAAAGGGAAGCUCGAAGAAAACAGGGCAAUGUGGAAGAAUCGAAGGCACGUAAAGGUUGACGAAUUAUGCCAAGAAAAAGAAACCAAUCACAGAACCGAAGUUCUGAAUGCUAAUUUGGAAAAAGAACUGGGAGAAGCGAAAGAAAACGCGAAGAAAUACAAGCAAGAAUACGAGAAAGAGAAGAGAAACAGAGAGUUAUUAGAGGAGGUCUGUGCAGAGAUGGCGAAGCAGAUUGUGGGAGACAAGGCAAAGGUGGAAGCUUUGAAAAGGGAAUCAAUGAAACUGUGUGAAGAAGUAGAGGAAGAGAGAAACAUGUUGCAAAUGGCGGAGGUUUGGCGAGAAGAAAGAAUUCAAAUGAAGCUGAUUGAUGCAAAAGUAGCUCUGGAAGACAAGUACGUUCAAAUGAACAAACUCAUCACAGACCUUGAAAAUUUUCUGAUGUCGAGGAGCGAGAAGUUGGACGAGAUGGAGGUGAAGAGAGGUGAGUUGAUCCAUGAAGCUGCUAAGUCGGUGGACAUUAAAGAAAUCGAGGGGUUCUUGUACGAGCCGCAGAAACAGAGUCUUGUUCUGUCUCUGCUGGAGGAUUUGAAGGAAGCGACCAAGUUGGAGGAGGAAUGCGAAGAGAUUAAUGAUAAUCCAGUUGAAAAGGAGUGCAUUCCUGAAAGUACAACAGAGAAUGUUGAGAACCCAUUGGAGGAUUCGUCGAAAAAGAAGGUUAAUGGAAGGUUUGGGAAUGGAAGAGUGUGGAGUGAAGGUGGGGAUUUGAAGGGUUCCGACACAGCGACCCAAAGGAACUCGCAAAACCCACAUAUCAAAAGAGGGACACAUGGAUGCAUUGAAUGGCCGCGUGGGAUUCAGAAAAAUUGCUUCAAGACCAACGCUUUGGACGCCAGGAUUCAAACCCAAAAAUCUCAAUUACGUCAUGUUCUUAGACACAAAUGACCUGAAUGUUUGUUUUGAAGAAGGCGUAGAUUAAGAACUGUUCCGGAAUAAUCCAAUCGUUUAUUUUA